UAGAAAUUCAGAAUUUUGAUCAUAUAAAUUUCAGAAAUUGUAUUUAAGAAGUUUUUGGCGGCUUUUGAUUUUUCCUUUUGAUUGGUUUUUGAUGUUUGUUAUAUUUGAUGAGUUUGGUGUCUUUGGGUUAGAGCAUAGAUAAAAGUGGGCAUUUGAUGGAUUGAGUCUAUUUUCAUCUGUGGGAAUUGAAGGUUUGAAAGAAAAUGGGGUUAAGUCCUGAUGCUAUAAAGAUGGGGAAGCUGUGUGUGGGCAAAUCAAAGGAAAGGAAGAAGAAAGAUGAUGAUGCAGAGGAGACUGGGUGUUGGAUUAAGAUCAGGUUCUUGGGGAGGUGCAUGUCUUCAGGGUCGAAAGUAGAUAGUUCUGUUAGUAGCUCUUGCACACAAUCUGCGGAAAGUAAAUCUACAAAUGAGACGAUUACAGACCAACCAGUUGCUCCAGUCGCGUCGUCUUCAACCACUAGCAAUGGAGAGAGUACUCCAUCCACUCCCAACGUAGGCGAGGAACUUAAAAUUUCUUCUCAGCUUCGGAAAUUCUCUUUCCCUGAGCUGAAGUCAGCAACGAGGAAUUUUAGACCCGAGAGUCUCCUUGGCCAAGGUGGCUUUGGUUGUGUUUUUAAGGGUUGGAUCAAUGAGAAUGGAAAUACGCCAGUGAAACCUGGCACAGGGCUCACUGUUGCCGUAAAGACCCUCAAUCAUGACGGACUUCAGGGUCACAAAGAGUGGCUUGCUGAAGUGAAUUUUCUCGGUGAGCUCCUCCAUCCUAAUUUGGUUAAAUUAAUCGGCUAUUGCAUAGAGGAUGAUCAAAGGCUACUUGUGUACGAGUUUAUGCCUCGGGGAAGCUUGGAGAAUCACUUGUUUAGAAGGUCCUUGCCUCUUCCUUGGUCAAUCAGAAUGAAAAUUGCACUUGGUGCUGCAAAGGGUCUUGCCUUUCUUCAUGAGGAAGCUGAAAGGCCAGUAAUAUAUCGGGAUUUUAAAACAUCUAAUAUCCUUUUGGAUGUGGACUACAAUGCGAAGCUUUCUGAUUUUGGACUUGCUAAAGAUGGUCCGGAGGGAGAUAAGACACAUGUAUCUACUCGAGUAAUGGGAACAUAUGGUUAUGCAGCACCAGAGUAUGUGAGGACAGGACAUUUAACUUCAAAGAGUGAUGUCUACAGUUUUGGGGUGGUUUUACUUGAAAUGUUGACUGGCCGAAGGUCCAUGGAUAAAAGCCGACCAAAUGGGGAGCAUAAUCUGGUGGAAUGGGCACGGCCAUAUCUGGUAGAGAGAAGGAGGUUUUAUCGGCUAAUAGAUCCCCGCCUUGAAGGUCGCUUUUCAAUCAAAGGUGCACAGAAGGCGGCUCAGCUGGCUGCCCUUUGUCUUAGCCGUGACCCAAAGGCCAGACCUCUUAUGAGUGAAGUUGUUGAUGCCCUGAAGCCUUUACCUGACCUCAAGGACAUGGCCUGCUCCUCAUCCUACUUCCAGGCCCUGCAGGCUGAUCGUUCUGGUAGUAACUCAAAUGCUAGAAAUAGCAGUAGAAUGCACACAGGAUUGCUCCCAAAGAAUGGACAACCAGCCCGGAGCCUCUCCAUUCCAAAUGGUCCAAAGGUCUCUCCAUAUCACCAUAACCAUCUUCACAGGUCACCGAUACCUAAUGUUAGACAAUCAGAACAUUGAGUCAUCCUAAGUUCUUUUCCUCGCUCACUUGUUCUCUUCCAAGAAAAUGAGUUGAUUCUGUAAAGCUGAAACAUGCCAGGGUGGGUCUUCAAGUUUUUGGUGGUGUGUUCUGUUGCAGAUGUGAGAAAGGUUGCACUGCUCUGUUGCUUAGUUUGCUGGUGAUAGAUAGUCCUGGAAAGAGUCUCUCUUGUGUGCCAUAUAGUUGUUUUAGACAUGAAAACUUGGCUGCUAAUGUUUCCCUUUUUUUUUAAUUAAACUUCUUUUUUAAAAAAUUGGAAUAUCCUUAACCGAUCUUGUAAGCGAUAUGAUUGCUUUAUUAAUCUGUUAAGAUUGAAG